AAUCUAUAUGCGCCCAUAUUCAAGCAUAAGUCCACGUAUUCAAAACUGAAAGAUGUGUUUUGCAUUUCCCUCGUCGCUCUCCUGGGUUUCGGAAGCAUCUUCACCUCGGUCUCUCAAGAGUGUCCGCGGCUUUUUCUAACGGCUAAAGUUUGGCCAAAUCCUAGGCGUGGGAUCGUGGCCGGGAAGGGAAAAGCUAAAAUCACAAUCACACUCACGAGCCAAGAUCCCUUGAAAAAUGUGGACUUUCAGUUGAACCUGCCGGACGGGCUAUUGGUUGAGCGAACAGCAAUACAUCCGUCCUCAAAGCCCAUCCACCGCCACAAAUUGUUGUGGAUGCGGAUGGAGCGACAGCUCUUUACUGGCAGCGCCUGGCUUUCGCCAAACGCAAGGGGGAUGAAAUUUUCCUCAAGCGGAUUUCUUGUCGCCCUCCUGGGCUUCACAAGCAUUUUGACCACCGUCUCUCAAGAGUGUCCGCGGCUUUUUCUCAAGGCCAAAGUCAGGCCCAAUGCGAAGCGCGGGAUCCUGGCAGGGAAGGGCCAGGCCAAGAUUACCGUCACACUAAAGAGCAAAGACCCCGUCGACAAUCUGGAGUUUCAACUGAACCUGCCAAAUGGCUUAUCGGUAGAGCGGACAGCCAUGCGCCCGUCCUCAAAGCCCUAUACGCCGCCGCAAAUUGUUGAGGAUACGGAUGGAACGACUUCGAUUUACUGGCUCGGCGUCGCCUUCACCAAAAGCAAGGGAGGAAAGCGCCGCUAUCGCGUCAAUAUGAAGGCCGACGAGUGUGCCCCUGAGACGUUGGCGGUGGACGCUUUCGCUUACCUAGUGAAUGCUACAGAUGCCUCUUGCAUCACGCCGCUGGCCAGCCCCGCCAUCGUAAAAGUGCGAUACUCGAAACUCAAAAAUGCCGCGACUUGCGCGCCGACGCCAGCCCCUACCAUCAAUCCUACGCAGCCUUUUGUGCUUCUCGGCAAGGGCCAGCGGUUCUCUCAAGGAGGGCGCCUGGCCCCCUUCCAGGACCGUCGUCUCUCGGCGUAUCCGGCAUCCAGCAAGCAUGGAAGCAUCAUGGCUCUCGGGCAAGCUGGACACCGACACCUGCAGUCAAUCGAUACACCGCAGGCUUGCUAUGAAUACUGCUCAUUGAACUCGGGCGAGGUAGUACCGUUCCUCUUCAGCUGGAAUACCGUGACCAGCCAGUGCUUCUGCUGCGUCGGAGUGUGCACACCCCUGGUCUUCGAUCCUGACUCCAACGUGUACGAAGCGCUCUUGCCUAAGACGUGUUCCCCGACUUCCUUCCCUACUGCGAUGCCCACCAAGUUGCCGACUGGCACACCCACUGCCUCGCCGACUGGGAUGCCCACGGCCUCGCCCACUGCCACACCUACUACGUCGCCGACAGCCUCGCCCAAUGCCAUACCUACUAUGUCGCCGACAGCCUCGCCCACUGCCACACCUACUAUGUCGCCGACAGCCUCGCCCAAUGCCAUACCUACUAUGUCGCCGACAGCCUCGCCACUGCCACACCGUACUAUGUCGCCGACAGCCUCG